UGUUCGGAGCUUCUCACAGAGCUGAGGUGUCUGCUGGGUUGUUUCACCCUGCGUACUCUGGUCUGAAGUGCCGGUGGCGAGGCCUCUGUACCUGGCAUCCUAUGAUCCUGCGAGCAAGUGAAACUAAAAGAAGCACAGAGGAAAAGGAGAAAAAAAAAGGGCUGGCUUUGCAGAUUCUUGGUGAAUGGAGGAUCUAUCCAAUGAGUAAUUCUGGGACAAAUGGUCAUACAUAUAGACCACAAAAAAGGUUGGAUCUCUACCUCAAAAUAUGGCAAGCAGAUAGAAAAAAUACAUUUUAGAAGGACUUCAUGAACCUGAGGAAGCAUCACUUUCAGAAUGGAAGUAUUCUGCCAGACCUAUUAAUGUUGGUGUGGUCCAGAAAGUGGAAAGUAGGAAGCCUACUGCUCUUCUCUAGCUACACGCUCUCUCCAGUGACAAUAACCAUGGUGACUGGGGAGGCCAGGUGUUGAAGACACUAGAAUCACAAGAUAAAAGAAGCCCCAUAUCUUCACUCGGAAAAGAGCCACCUGCCAGUUGGAUGUCUGUUUUGGACUUGAUAUGAGAUCCCUAAAUAUAAUCAACAUUAUCAUCAUCAUUAUCAAUCAUCAUCACCAAUAUAUCUUGCAAGAAUACCACAAGCUCCAGGACCCACAACGGCAGUGUCCUACAUGUCAGUGAAAUGUGUGGAUGUCCGUAAAAACCACCACAAGACAAAAUGGUUAAUGCCUUGGGGACCCAACCAGUGUGACAAGAUCCGAGACAUCGAGGAAGCGAUUCCAAGAGAAAUCGAAGCCAAUGACAUUGUGUUUUCCGUCCACAUUCCCCUCCCCGCCAUGGAGAUGAGUCCCUGGUUCCAGUUCAUGCUGUUUAUCCUGCAGCUGGACAUUGCAUUCAAGCUGAACAACCAAAUCAGAGAAAAUGCAGAAGUUUCCAUGGAUGUUUCCCUGGCUUACCGUGAUGAUAUGGUUGCUGAAUGGACUGAAAUGGCCCAUGAGAGAGUGCCCCGGAAACUCAAAUGUACCUUCACCUCCCCCAAGACCCCAGAGCAUGAAGGCCGUUACUAUGAAUGUGAUGUCCUUCCCUUCAUGGAAAUCGGGUCUGUGGCUCAUAAGUAUUACCUUCUAAACAUUCGACUGCCUGUGAAUGAGAAGAAGAAAAUCAACGUUGGGAUUGGAGAGAUAAAAGAUAUUCGGUUGGUGGGAAUUCACCAAAACGGAGGCUUCACCAAGGUGUGGUUCGCCAUGAAGACCUUCCUUACGCCCAGCAUCUUCAUCAUUAUGGUGUGGUACUGGAGGAGGAUCACCAUGAUGUCUCGACCCCCCGUGCUUCUGGAAAAAGUCAUCUUUGCCCUUGGGAUCUCCAUGACUUUUAUCAAUAUCCCGGUGGAAUGGUUUUCCAUUGGGUUUGACUGGACCUGGAUGCUGUUGUUCGGCGACAUCCGACAGGGCAUCUUCUACGCAAUGCUUCUCUCCUUCUGGAUCAUCUUCUGUGGCGAGCACAUGAUGGAUCAACAUGAGCGGAAUCACAUAGCAGGGUAUUGGAAGCAAGUUGGACCAAUUGCUGUUGGCUCUUUCUGCCUCUUCAUAUUUGACAUGUGUGAGAGAGGGGUUCAACUCACCAAUCCCUUCUACAGUAUCUGGACUACAGAUGUUGGAACAGAGCUGGCUAUGGCCUUCAUCAUUGUGGCUGGGAUCUGCCUCUGCCUCUACUUCCUGUUUCUGUGCUUCAUGGUCUUUCAGGUGUUUCGGAACAUCAGCGGGAAGCAGUCCAGCCUGCCAGCCAUGAGCAAAGUCCGGCGACUGCACUAUGAGGGGCUAAUUUUCAGGUUCAAGUUUCUCAUGCUUAUCACCUUGGCCUGUGCUGCCAUGACUGUCAUCUUCUUCAUUGUUAGUCAGGUGACUGAAGGCCACUGGAAGUGGGGCGGUGUUACGGUCCAAGUGAACAGUGCCUUUUUCACGGGCAUCUAUGGGAUGUGGAACCUGUAUGUCUUUGCUCUGAUGUUCUUGUAUGCACCAUCCCACAAGAACUAUGGGGAGGACCAGUCCAACGGCGAUCUGGGUGUCCACAGUGGGGAAGAACUCCAGCUCACCACCACCAUCACCCACGUGGACGGACCCACCGAGAUCUACAAGUUGACCCGCAAGGAGGCCCAGGAGUAGGAGGCUGCAGCACCCGGCUGGGACUGUCCCCCAUGCCCUGGCCCCUCUCACUAGAGUGGGGAGCGUGCCAGAGAGCUCCAUGUGCAAACAAAUGCUCCGUCUCUGAGCUGUGGUUUCUUGGACCAGCGGCGUGGACGUUUGUCAGCUUGCCUCCUGACGGUCGCUCUUGGAGGAAGAGCCCUAUAGCCACUAAUGUGUUGUGUAUGAUAACAAAACCUCUGGUAUGACACAUUUUUUGGUGAUCAUUGUUAAUUAGUGACAUAGUAACAUCUGUAGCAGGUGGUUAGUAAACCUCAUGUGUUGGGGGUGCGCUCCUUGGGGGAUGGUUUGGGCCAGAUGGGGUCUAUAUGGAGUGGAAUAUUUGACAAUUUCUUUUUCCUAUUUUAGAUUCUAGCAUAGAAUGUAACAUCCUCUGCAGUCCAAGAUGGGCUGGUGUCAUAGUCUUCUCACUCCUAGUCCAUGACAUGACCACUUUUUUUUUUUCCCUAUUUAUAUCACCAAGUAGCCUAUUGAGUUAAUAUUUAAGUUGUAUCCCUAUUUUUAUGACAUAAUAUAAAAUAAUUGAAUUUCAUGAGAAGGUUCUGUUACACCAGGGGCAUUUCAGCUUUGAAACCAAAUCUGUAUAUCCAAUACUAACCAGUCUGUUGGAUGUGGGUUUUUAAAAAAUGUUUGCUAAACUACCCAAGUAGGAUUUAUUGUAUUAAAUGGCCUUUGGGUCUGAAAAGCUUUUUUAACCUCUUGCUUAAAAUGUGUUUUCUUUCCAUCAGAUGCUUCAAACAGCCUCUGAAAAUGUAGAUGCAAUCAUUUAAAUAAACCUGUAUGUAUAUGCCUACAUGUAUAUGCACACGUCGUCCUCCUCAACCAGGACACGUGAAUGCAGAUUCUUCUCCAUGUUGCAUCUUUGGGGUGGAAAGGAAAUAGCUUUAUGAAAAAUUAAAGUAUUUUGCAUCAAGUCAAA